AUGGCGGGAGGCAAUGUCGAGAAGGGACAACGUUAUAUCGCUGCCCUAGACCAGGCGCGGGCCCAGGGCAAAUGGGAGGAAGUUCCUGAGUUGAUCCGAAAGGUCACCAAGCACGCUCCGCAAAAGACUUGUGUUAUUCAAACCGCAACUGCCGAAUCGCGAGUGGUGGCAUUUAUUCAUCAGAAGACGACCACCGAAGCGACAGCUACACCCAACCUCCCUGAGCUGAUCCCAGCUUUGUUGACAACAAUCGAGAACAAUGAUGGUACCCCGCAAGAGAUCUUACAAGCUCAGGUCUGCUUGGGAUGGGUUCACUGGACACUCAAUGAGCCGGGGCUGGCGGCAUCUCGCCUGCCCAAGAAUUUCGCGGCCACUGUUGACUCUCUGUUCAGCGAAGGACAUGACUUGUCCGAUUGGACCGAAGUCUGUUUAGUCAAGGGAUGCUAUAUUAAGGGAUCUGCACAGUCUACAGUUGCCAGCAUCGAUGAAACUCUAGACACUUACGCAGCCUUGAUUCCAUGGCUGAGCAACGGCAAACUUAUCAACAAUCCCAAUUCCCAAUUUCUCAGCUGGUCCGAGACUCUCCUUGGCAAGGGGGCCGUAAUGGCCAGUGAAGAAGCUGGAACGGCAACCCCAUACUCAGACCCCCGGCACGUGGAAAUCGCACUCAAGCUGUUUCGGCUGUGGUCGGUACACCCUGCAGUCAAACAAGGACAGGGCUCUCCCAAGGCUGCGUAUGCGGGUGCCCCGGGUCAACCUUCGCGCACAUCGAUCUGGAAAUCAUACUACUUGUUCCUCACAAUCGUCCUCCAGGAUGGCUUGACCUAUCCUCUUUCGCAUGAUAGCCCGGAACGCCCGCAGCUUGCCAGUGAGCUCCGUCGCAUCGAAGGUAUUUGUGAGACUGCCCUGCUUCGGGAGGUGAAAUUCCCCACAGCUAGUUCCGACAAUUCCCAGGUUGAAGAAUGGGUGGAGCAGGUUAUUAGCAACUGGGAAGUUCUUUGUGGCCCCGACUGGCAGGACCAGGACCUUGGUGAGGGUGGGCAAAAUGCCGUGGGCCGCAAUGUCCUGGACAUUUUGUAUCGUGCCGCAACCAAAACGUAUCAUUCAUACUUGAUCCUCCGGCGUCUGUUUCAUGUACAUGCUGCACUGGCAGACUUUGAUCUCGCUUUCAAGGCCCUUGAUUCUUAUAUCGAGAUCGUUACCGCUGCCAAAAAACGAGCCGAAAAAUCGGCCGAAUACGGAGAGCUGGAAAAGGAUUCAAUCUUGCUGCAAACUCUUUCAGAGGGCGUCACUCUUUUGUGUGCACUUGGGUCCUUCGAGGAGGCAGAAAAGGCCAAGAACUUGACGGACUUGAUCAAAGAGUAUCUCGACAAGCAGGCGACAAGCCAAAUAGAGGGUCAGAGCAACGGCAAGCUCCUACUUUCACACGGUCCUAACUGUACCAAUUCUCCAGAUAUUCCUAUUCCUAUUUUGGCCGCAUCAUACCGAGCAGUCGGAGUUGGCCUUGCCAACUGGGCUAGCUACACCCCUUUGAAUGAGUCUCGGGACGAGAUCCGUGGAGAGGCGAUUGAUUAUCUGGAAAGGAGCAUCAACCCCGAGUUCGGACAAGACACGAACUUCUCUGCCUUUUACACCCUUUCUCUGACCCUAGCGGAAAACCGUGAUCUUGAUGCAGCAAUCGACUACGCCAAGUCCGCUUUGGCGGCCCACAAUUCGGCACCUAUUACUGAGGACCUCUCAAAACAAAGAGACCUUGUAUCACUUUGGCAUCUCCUUGCGCUGUUGCUCAGUGCAAAGCAGGAAUUUGAUAUUGCCGAGCGGUCGUGUGAGGCAGCCUUUGAACAUUUCCCCUCGGAAGUUUUCUCUAGAGGCAACCGUGACCGACGAUCUUCAAGACAUUCCCAAAAUGGUUCAGCUGGUCCCAAGCGCUCGGUGAUUAGUCGAUUGCAGGGCCGGGAGAAGGAACGCAUGAUUCAGACUCGUAUUACGCAGCUUGCAUUCACUGAGGUUCUCGAAGGCCCGGAGGCUGCUGUUAAUCAGACUGAACAGCUGCUCAGUCUUUUUGGUAGACUGUUCCAAGAACUUGACCUUGACGAAGGGUCGAACUCGAAGUCGGAUCAUUUGGUACCCCCGAAGAGCUCAGCGGGAACAACGAAGAGUUUCCGUAGCAGUAUCUUCCACCGUAACAGGAUGUCUCAGCUGCCAGAACGCCGGGGUGAUCGUUCGACCAGUUCACAUUCUGCGACACCUCCUGUUCCGUCGAUUCCAAAUGGCCAUUCCGGUUAUGAUGCACCAGAAAUUCAGGUCACUGACGAAGAUCACGACUCAAGCCUCAGGAUUGGACGAUCAGACUCCAAGAGGCUGCAGAAACGCGGCACUAGUUCUUAUAGGUCCGAAAGACACCCGGAUCAAGGCCCACCUGUGCCCCCUCAUGAAGAUGAGGUUGGCAUCGCAGUGUCUGGAAACUCGACCCCCGUGCCACGAGAACAUUCACAAUCUCCCGUCGUCAAACACCCUCUGCACCAUCACAAACUACCACCUACCCCCGUUGGCCACGAGGACCAACUUCAACCCUUGCGUCACGAUCUUCGCCGUCCCGCAGCUCAGCGAUUCGAUUCUCCUACCAACGUCACCACCAAAUUCCCCAUCACACAAUCCAAGAAACACGCACUUGCCCUGCUGGUGAAGAUUUGGCUGGUUAUCGCUGGUCUUUAUCGUCGUGCUUCUCUAUUUGAUGAUGCCCGCGAAGCUUGCGAAGAAGCCUCCAAACAAGUUAUACGAGUGGAAGCUUUAGCCGCCGCCGAAGAAUCUUCUGCUCGCCAUCUUAGCAAGCGUGGCUGGACCGCUGCCAAGAGUCCCGAGGAACUCUGGGCGGACCUCUACGCUGAGGAGGGCCUUCUAUGCCAAGCACAGAACAGGCCCCACCAUGCCAUGAAAUACUAUGAGGAUGCUCUCCUGCGCUGUCCCGAGCACCCCAUUGCAACCAUUGCUCUCGCAAAUCUCCUCUUAGACAUCUGGGACGAGAAGCUUUCUCCUGAAACAACCAAGACGGAUGUGGAUAUUAACGUGUCUCGUCUAUCCUUGUUGUCUUCCAGUGCUAAACUCAAGUCAGCUCGGGCCAUCUCAGCUGAUGAGCUAAAGACACCUGAGGUAGCCAUGAUGCCACGGGUAGUGUCAGUGGCCAAUUCCCCACAUGAGGUCGACCCAAAGCACCUCCAUCGUCUCGCAGCUCGCGACCGUGCCUACGGCCUUCUUUCCAUACUCACUAAGCUCGGCAGCUCUUGGGACAACUCCGAGGCAUGGUAUGCGCUAUCUCGUGCCUAUGAGGCCGGAGAACAAGUCGAAAAGCUAAAAGAAGUUCUGUGGUGGUGCAUUGAGCUUGAGGAUCGUCGACCAAUUCGACACUGGUCCAAUAUCGGCUCCGGACUAUAUGUACUUUGA